UUUAUUUUCCAAAUUUAUAUUAUAUUUAUUAUUUUUUCAAAUAAUAAGAUUUAAAAAGACAUGACACGAAUUUGGCCGACACGUAGGUGGCACAGGACGACCUGCUCAUGAUCAGUAUAACAUGAACUAUCGCUAGGUACGACACGACAUGUCAUGCAACUGUUAUUGAGGGCCAUAUGUUUCUCAUAAUUACCAGUUGUUGAAAUGAGCACGAUCCGCUAGCACGUAUCCUAUUAUUUUAAAAGUAAUUUUGGAGAAAAAACAUAAAAAGUUGUGUUGUGGCUCAAGAAAUGAUCAAACACGUCGCCCGUGCUUGUGUUGUGUUGUGGCCCAUCGUUUGAUGUUGAUCGGCACGACACGCUACUGUAAAUAACUCGACAUGGAGUGACACAUCAAGUAUGUGGUAUGCACUGACAUGAUCAAAAACCAUCUGAUUCGACACAAAUUACAUGCGUAUACAUAAAUGAAUUUUAUUUGAUUAAUCGUGCAAAAUUACAUCAAAAAAUUACUAUUAUUAAUAUUUUUAGCGCGCUAUACCAUACAAGACCACUAUAGUUAAUUCAUUGGUAAUUUUAUUGCGUGAAAAUAAUCUAUUGACAAUUGAAUGGCGCCUAUAUCUGUUAAGUGACUAAAACCUAACAUUCAAAUCAUACAAAUCAAGAGUUGCUUGCUUAUAUUUGUUUGUAUGUUUAAUUUUGGAUAGUUUUGUGGUAUUGUGUAACAAAUUUAAAUAGCGAGACUAAUGCAAUUCACACCACUCGUGGACUCAAACCACUUGUAAUCAUGUUCUUCACAUGAGCGAGUUUUUAGUCAUGUAAAAUGUUUAAACGGCAGAAUUCAGUUACCCACCUCUAGUUUUGCUCAAACCUCAAUUUCAAUCAAACAAACAUGGCAACUCCACUUUAUUGCUCUUUUCCCCCCACCAUAAACAAACCUCAAUUUCAUAUAUCUUCUUCUCCAUUUCUUUCUCAGUUAAAUUUUAACACCAGACAACUGAAAAAUUCGGUGAUUAAAUCCCCAGUUUAUAUCUCAAUUUCAGCAGUUUCUACUCCAAUUGCUGACACUACUCAGUCUAAUUCAACAUCAAGAUUUGAUCUUCAUAGAUUAGAGCCUGGUUAUCCUUUGAUUAUUGGGGGCAUCAAUAUUCCUCAUGAUAGAGGUUGUGAGGCUCACUCUGAUGGGGAUGUGCUGCUUCAUUGUGUAGUGGAUGCAAUAUUGGGAGCAUUGGGGCUUCCGGAUAUUUGCCAGAUUUUUCCUGAUAAUGAUCCUAAGUGGAAGGGUGCUCCUUCUUCUGUUUUCAUCAAAGAAGCUGUAAGACUUAUGCAUGAGGCAGGGUAUGAGCUCGGCAAUCUAGAUGCAACCUUAAUUCUUCAAAGACCGAAAGCUAGUCCACACAAAGAGGCAAUCAAGGUCAAUUUAUCCGCUCUACUCGGGGCCGAUCCAUCUGUCGUGAAUCUGAAGGUGAAAACCCACGAGAAGGUUGAUAGUCUUGGAGAAAACAGAAGUAUCGCAGCUCAUACUGUCGUUUUAUUAAUGAAAAAGUAA